GGCGAUAUGGGCCUUAGGCCCGAAAGAGAAUCUAUCACAAACUGGAAUGAGGAAGAUGAACAGAGCAGUUGUGAUGUGAACUGAAGAGUGACGGAGAUGGCGGCGAACGCGUGUCUACCUCCGCCGGCGUUAAUGGCUGUCCGCGCAGAGGAAGGAGUUCCAAAUUCAAAAUCGACGCAGGGAAAAACUAGGCUCUAUCUCACCAAACCUUCAUGGAUAGUUAGAACUCAGUCAGGAGCUAAGACGUGUAUGAAGAGGAAGGCGAAAGGCCGGUGCGUAAUCUGCCAUGGAACUGGAAGAGUCGACUGUUUCAAUUGCUGUGGGAAAGGGAGGACUAAUUGUGUGGAUGUGGAAAUGCUUCCAAAAGGAGAAUGGCCUAAAUGGUGCAAGAGUUGUGGAGGGAGUGGAUUAAGUGACUGUUCUCGCUGUCUUGGCACCGGAGAGUACAGAUACAUUAUGGGUUUCCGCUUCUUAAACCAAAACGACGAUGGCGAUCCACAAUUAUGAUUUGCUGAAACUCUUAAUCAUGUCCUUGCCAGUUUUUGUAUAUGUUCAAUGAUGAGGCUUAAGACUUGUUUAGUAAUGUAUAUGGUUUGCUCCUGACUUGUUGAUAUUGUCUGCAGUCUUCAAGGUCAUUAUGUUGCAAGUGAAGAGAAAUCGCCACAUCUUGUGUCUUUUGAAGCUUACAUUGCAAAAUGGUUGUAUCUUGGCUUUUGUACUUACUAAUGGUAUAUUUGGAUUCUUCAAGAGUAUUAUGCAAAGGUCGAAAUUCUUCAGA